UGACAGGCUUUAAGCUGUCCAUUUCCAGAAUGAAUUACAUUUGGAAAUCCUACGAUUCGUCUUAAUUUUCAGUUUUCACGUUGAAGAUAAAUCAGGCCCAGCCCAUUUGAAGCGAAACUGAGUUAUAAACCAGGAAAACUUUACAGAGUUUAUAGAACCUCUAGAAACAAAACCAAAACCCCCAAAUCUUGCUGGUAGAAGAAAUUUCGCGCCAAAUAAAUGAAAUCAAUGAAGAAAGUCGCGCCAAAAAGAGACAACAUUGUGGGCUAAGCAGAAAAUAUCAAAUAGUUCGAGAGGAUUGAAGAAAUGGCGAGGAUGGCUGCGAUGAUGAGGAACCCUCGUUCGGAAGAAGAACAAGAACAGGUAAUUGUCUCCAAUUUCUCAUCUUCAUUUGAUGAUUGUGAUUAUCAAAACAAAAGGAAACGGAAAAGGAAGAGGAGUAAGAAGAAGAAGAAGAACCAUGGUGGGGAUGGUAAUUUUGUGGUUCAUUCGAAUAAUUGGGUAAGUAAUUAUGAUAGUUUUGAUACUAUUUAUGUAGAAAAUCAGAAAGGUUAUGGUUCUGUUUGCUCUCUUGAUGAUGAUCGGUUAGGGGAAAAUGGGAAAAAUGAUGUUAAAGUUUCGAUUUUGAGUUCUGGUAAUCGGGCAACGGAAGAAUUGCCAAAGGGUAGUGAGUUGAAGGUGGAGAAGAAUGAUGCUGUUAUAAGUAAUGAUGGUGGUAGUGAUGUGGGCACCAAAAAAGUGGCAUUGGAGAAUUUGUUUGCUGAAUUCUGUUUCAAGGGUGAUCAAAUUGAUGGGAAUAGCAAAAGAACUCCCUUUAUUGUAAGGAAUAGAAGAAAUAAUUCUGGUGCUAAUGGUAAUGAAGCUGGGGUUUUGUCUAGUAUUCUGGCAAAAUCGAAGGAAGAUACAGAUAGGAUUACACCAGCGAAGAGAAAAUGGGGUGAAAAUGAGAGAAAUGAAGGAAGGAAAGAAGCUCGUUUUGUUUCAGGCUACUCCGGGAAACAUGUAGACAAGGAUUUAGAAGUGAUCAGAGUGAAGCAUUUGGAUGAUGUGGCAGAAGAUUUGCAUUCAGUAUGUGGGAUCUCGCAGAUUCGGUGUGGUAAAGAGGCUAGGCAUUCUUCUAAUGUUUGUCAAGAAUCAGAGGGAGUCAAGGAGAUUGAGAGGGAAAAUGCUCCCAUAUGGUCCAAGAAGAAAAGAAGUGGUAAAAUGGGUAGAAAGAACAGAAAAAAGGAGGCUACUGUUUCGCCUUACUUUGUGAAGUCUGCUGAGGAAACGGUGGAGAAAAAUAAGAAGCAUCUCAGAAAUAAAUCCCGGAAAUCGCAGUCAGAGGCUAAUGUUUCUGAGAUGUCAGGUGCAGUAAAUUCGGUGUAUUUGCAUGCUGGUUGUGAGGAGUUUGAUGAUAAUAAAGGGAUCGAAGAGCAGGUUUCCAAGGUUUCAUCAAGGAAGGGAAGGCAUGGAGGGAAGGGGCAGGAAAAGCAUAAAGGAAAGCAAGUUCGAGUUAUUUCUCCCUACUUUUUGAAGUCUGCGGUACAAGAAAAAUUUCAGGAAGUUGGAAAGCAUUUCAAGAAUAGAUCACGAAAAUCACUACCAAAGAGUUUGAUUUCGGAGUUGUCUGUUGAGGACUUGGAGGAAGCAAGGAUUGAAGUUCAAGAUGCUGCACCUUACACUGUAAGGUCUGUGUAUGAUGAAGAAGCAGCAAAGGAAUUGUUGCAAAAUGCAUCAGAGAAAUUGUUGCAAGAUACCGGUGUUCCUUGUAUGAUAGGAGCUUGUGAGUCAUUGCUUGUGCCUUGCACUCUUGUGGAGUCAAAAGAAACUAGGGAGGACAUUACUGGGGGUGGAUUGAGGAAGACAAGAAGUGGUGAAAAACGACCAAAGAAAGGAAAGAAAAAAGUUCGAACAGUUUUGCCUUAUUUUGUGAAAUCACUGGAUAAUGAAGUAGUAGCAACGGAAAACCAUUUGAAAAUGAAAUCUCAGAAAUCAAUGAAGAAAACUGCAACUUUGGUCAGUCCACACUUACGAAAUAAUAAGAGAAAAGUAGGUGUUGAAGUCACUAAGCUUGUAAUAGAUGCGACAGAAGUCAUAGCCCUGCCAAAAAGGACUCUUUCUGCGUCCGAGAAGCGAGAUGAGGCUUAUGAGCAUAGGACUCCAGACAACUUAUGGAAGCCACCACAGUCCCCGCAUACUCUACUUCAGGAAGACCAUGCUCAUGAUCCUUGGAGGGUAUUGAUAAUCUGUAUGCUUCUCAAUCGCACAACUGGUUUGCAGGCCAGCAGAGUGAUAAAUCAGCUUUUUGCCCUCUGUCCAGAUGCCCAGAGUGCAGCCGAGGUUGAUACACAAGACAUAGAAAAGGUGAUACAACCUUUAGGCUUACAAAAGAAAAGAGCGGUAAUGAUUCAGCGUUUCUCUCAAGAAUAUCUAGGAGAGGGCUGGACUCACGUGACGCAACUGCAUGGUAUAGGAAAAUAUGCAGCAGAUGCAUAUACAAUAUUCUGUACAGGGAAGUGGGAUCGCGUGAUACCAUCAGACCAUAUGCUGAAUAGAUACUGGAAUUUCCUUCGCGAGGAUUAUGGAACUGUUUCAUCUAGUCGCCCUCCCGAAUUCUAGCAGUAUCAUGAUGUGUAUAUUAUAAAUGGUAGGAGUUUUCUGCAUGUUCCUUUAUUUGCUUUUUGUUUAAGCAAACUGCAAAAGCUGAUUCCAGUUUUUAUUACAAGGAGGAAUGUGACAUAUUGAUGAUGCUAAUAAAUAUCUUUUUCCUAGUUGAUGUUUUGUUUAAGAAGGAUGUCUAUAUUAUUUUAUUUUUUCCCUUCAUGAGAGAAGUUUGAUUAACAG